CGAUAGCCACCGGUUGACAGUUGCAAGUGCCAUCCCUAUCAGGUCGUGGGGAUGCAUAAAAAUAAAAACUAGCCAGCUAGUUUUUCCAUUUGUUUUUCCAACAGGCUGUUGAGGCCCGAAUCAAUUCCGUUUGCCAAUCCGGGAGAUUUGAGCUAGGCGCAGAGGCGAGACCGAGAAGGCUCUGCGCGACAAAGGGAGCCACGCACAAAUUCCUAGGAAAGCUACACAUCGCCACCACCUUCCAACUCCCACCAAUCUAGCAGCUUGUAAGCCCAUCUGGGAAGUCUUGAAACCAUGAAUGCCCUACGGCAGUUUUACUUGGAGAUACCGGUGGUGACGCGGGCAUACACCACCGUUUGCGUCUUCACCACAUUGGCAGUGCACCUGGAUUUGGUUUCACCCCUGCAGCUGUACUUUAAUCCCACACUAAUCGUUCGCAAAUUCCAAAUCUGGCGACUUGCCACCACAUUCCUCUACUUUGGCACCAUCGGCAUUAGCUUCUUUUUUAACAUGGUCUUCACUUACCGAUACUGCCGGAUGCUGGAGGACGGUUCGUUCCGUGGCCGUAGCUCCGACUUUGUAAUGAUGUUUAUAUUCGGCGGCGUGCUAAUGACCUUCUUUGGAAUUUUUGUCAACCUGUUGUUCCUGGGACAGGCCUUUACGCUGAUGCUUGUGUACGUGUGGUCACGGCGCAACCCGCUCGUACCGAUGAACUUCUUCGGAAUGUUAAACUUCCAGGCGCCGUACCUGCCGUGGGUACUGCUCUGCUGCUCGAUGAUCCUGGGCAACACAGUGUGGGUGGAUAUUAUUGGCAUGGGUGUGGGCCACAUCUACUAUGUGCUUGAGGAUGUUUACCCCACAUUAUCCAACGGAUACAGACUGAUAAAAACGCCAUAUUUUCUGAAACGGCUCUUCAAUGAGCACAUCGAGCGUAAUUAUCAAGCACCUGUCGAGGACCGACCCGGAGGCUUUCCCUGGGGUGGCGAAGGCGAACCAUUGCUGCCAGAGCAAAAUGAUGCAGUCGGCCAGCCCGAUCCAGCAGAACAACGAGCACCAGCGGAGCAAUAGCAUCACUGAUACUAGAUUGUUAAUCUAUUCCCAUUUCUAAUGACGAAGUUGAUGACAAUGUUGAGUGCCACUCAGCUACAUACAGUUUGGUGCUUGGUGUAAUUAGUAUUGAGGAGGCGUGCAAUAGUUAGCCAAAGUUAAUGCGUGUAUGCCUGGUUACUUGUUUGUUUUCUCAUACAGGUACCAAUGGCCACGCCAGAUGUACUUUUAAUUCGCCCUCAAGGGUUACCUUCACGACAGAUUGAACUUACACUGCACAUGUGAUUAUAUAUAUACAACCAUGCAAGAAAUAAAUCAAGAUGUAUGAAAAAUGUUGGAAA